GUGGCGGCGUGGCGGUGACCAGCCACACACGGACACGGCACGGCACGGGCACCACAUCCCAAGGCAAGUCGUACGUGGCACGCGCUCGUCCAUCUCCAUGGCGGUGCCGGCCUCCGCCUCCGCGUGCGUGCGCGCCGGCCCGCCGCCGUCACGCCGCGCGUGUACCAGUACCACUGGCGGCACGGGGACCGCGGCGUUCUCGCUGAUCUGCCGCAAGAGACUACCGCCGCCGACACGGCAGCCGAUCCACCUCCAGCUCCAGGGCCGUGCCAGCUCCGACCUCCGCUGCCGCCGGCGUCUCCUCACGGCGCGAGGCGAGCGCCCGGCCCCGGAUGAGGACGAGGAGGAGGCGGCGGGUGCAGGCGGUGGUUCGUUCGACGCGGCGGUGGCGCUGUUCAACCGCGGGGAGUACCACGCGUGCCACGACGUGGUGGAGGAGCUGUGGUACGGCGCCGAGGACCCCGCGCGGACGCUCCUCCACGGCGUCCUCCAGUGCGCCGUCGGCUUCCACCACCUCUUCAACCAGAACCACCGCGGCGCGAUGAUGGAGCUCGGCGAGGGCCUCUGCAAGCUCCGCAAGCUGCAGCUAGACAGCGACGGCGACAGCGGCGGCGGCGGCCCUUUCUCCCGGUUCCGGGACGAGGUCGCCGCCGUGCUGCAGUUCCUCUACCGCACCCAGAAGGAGCUCGCCGCAUGUACGCACCGACGAGAUGUGCUUAACCAUGGACGGCUCGGCGAGCUCGUACCAGCUGCUGGGCAACUUCGCCGCCGGCCAGCAACUCUACCGGCUGGAACUGGAAGCCGAGGAGGACGGAGCUUGUUCCAGCAUACUGUUCUCUGCACCUAAUAAUAAUAAAGGCGAUGGCGCUUCACAAGGAGCUCAAGCUCAUCACCCUCAGAGAGUGAAGCUUCCAACGCUGCGUGCUACGGAGCAACAUCUUGCAGCGCUUCAAUGUACAUACGAAUAUACGUAGCUGGCCGGGCUCUAGCAUGUGGACAAAUAUACAUACAUUUAUCCUCAUGAGGUCCAGGUGCCUGCAAAGUUUAAAGAAUAAUAACAGGUCCAUGUAGGCUUCAAAAUUUCCUUCAUCCCAUAGACGACGUUUGAUGUCCAUGGGUGUGAUUCUCAUAGGAAAGAUGAGGUCCAGUUGGCUGCAAAAUCUGGUCUAUGGAUCAUUGGAUCUUAAACAUAGCCGGAUUAUAUCGUAAAUUCCCUUUAUCCCCACGAAGGAGAUCAUUUUUAACAUUUUGGAUUUGUCUCGUAAGGGGUUUUAAACUCAGAGUUGACUCUCGUUAUAGUAAAAUUUUUCCCAUA